AUGGCCGGCGGCUCUGCUUCGAAUGGCUGUGAGUGCUCUGUGAACAACAUAUGCCCGAUAAGCUCAGAUUAGAGAACGUACUGACCCUGUUGGUGCGAUGGGUGCUACCGGACAGUCACCGCUCCUUCGAUUGAUCAUUCUCCCGGAUUCGAAUACAUCGCAGGUGAGUGAGAGAGGAUCAUCAGGCGUGCCCAAGGUGCAUCCAACCAUGAUUAAUUGACCACUUCUCACAGCUUAUGACGAACUACUGGAGCAGAUCGCCAUCACGAACGUCGUAGAGUGAGCGUGACGUCGAGUCCAAGCCUGCUUCGAUGACCGUGCGCGUGGGGAGAGCUGCAGUGCUGAUGAUAUGACUUCUUACGUAUUGCAGUGCCGAUUGGCGUAUCUUGCGAGACAUGCUCAAACAUAAACUGGCCGAGGUGCGCAUGUUUGGACGCCAGGGGAUGCCAGGACCUAAUCUAGGAGCGCGAAUGGGCGAGCUGACUCUGUCGUCCCCAAAUCGCACAGAACAUCAACGCCUACCUCACGUUGGGCCCACCGUGGCCACUUUCACCCGAAGAUGCUUUCAAAGCUCGUGGAGGUGCCUACGACGCGCUGGAUCAGUUCACAGGGUCAGUUCCUCCUGUCCGACUCCUCUUCGGCCCUCUUGAUUGAAGCUGACUCUGACGCGAGCUUCGCACCCUGAGCAGACCGCCCUUCACGAUCCAACGCAUUUGCGAACUCAUUCUGUACCCUCGAAAGCACUACACCUCACUGCCUAAAUACCUCCGAGCCCUUAUGCGCGUCGUGAGCGUCGCUUCGACCCGAUCGGCGUUCAACGAGGACGAAACUUUUGUCGAACCCUUCGCCUCGACAUCGGCAACGACCUUGGACGGCGCACCGAUCGUGACCUUGCACCAUACCACGGCCGUUGCAUCCCCCUUACCUUCCCCGACGAUGCCGACGCGCCGACCGAGCGUACCGAGGAGUCCGUCGUCCAGUCCGGGGGCGUUACCCGUUGUCGUCCCUUUGCUGAGUCCGAUCCCUUGGCUCAUCAAGACUUCGGCCGAUGGGGAUGGGAACGAGAGUGUCGAAGAGAUGGAUAUGUCCAAUACUUCGGCAGGGCAUGACUUUCACUCUUCGUCGUCGCCCAGUCGAAGUUCUGACGGAGUGCGGUCCCCGAUCCGAGGACUCGGAACGGCUCGUCGAUCUCAUUCCCCACCUUCCCCAAGUCAACUCAACAACCACCCAGGGAAUCACACGACCCCUACGGGAGGAGUCGUCGACGAAGUGGAUCCCGGAUCGGGAGGGAGCGAAGUUGUGGAUCCUGUCGCUCUCAGUAGCGCGACGGAGAUCGCGCCGAGACCGGCGGAUUCUUUGUUGGGUGCUCAUGGGUCGAGUGAGAGUUUGCGGGAACGAUUCGUCAGGGCUAGUAGUCCAAGGGUGGAUCUGCCGGAGGAAAGGGCGGACGAAGGGGAUGUUGAGGCGAAGGCACGGGAGGAGGAAUAG